AUGCGUAUUCUCAACGGCAAGUUGCUGCGUCCCACACAGUAUCCAAGGUCGGCCUUGGACGUUUCAUCAGCAGGUCGAGUAAUGACACGUCUUCUCCAGCAAAGUCUCGGCAUACCAGUGUCUCAAGUUGACACCGAAACCAUCCAACAGGCCUCAGUUGAUCCCGUAUUCAUCUCGAUCGGUUGUGAAUUCAGUACGACAGCCAUCCGCGAGAUAGGAAUUUCUAUAUUGGAUACUCGCCAUCUCAGAGACUUAUCCGUUACCUCUUCAUCAAUCUGCGACUUUCAAAGAGCGAUUCAAAGUUACAAUUUUGAAUUUUGGAAGGCGAAACAAAAACCUAUAUCUCGUGCUCCUCGGAAAACUUUCAUCUUUGGCCAAUCUGCUCUUGUAGAUAAACCUGAACUGCGACUCAUCCUACACAAUUUUUCCAGAGCCGAUGCAGCUCGAGAAUUGGUGGUGGUGGGUCACGGCUUAGGCUCUGACUUGAAGUGGUUGGCCAGCGAGGACUUUCUUCUACCAGAUGUCAAAGUUCUUGAUACGCAGGCUGUAGCCACACAUUUGUUCCCUGAGCUUAAGGAUCGUGCGGUCACUCGCAAGGGCGAUGAAGUUGACCUCAAUGUGAGAACUGGACUGGGGAAAUUAGUGGAUAAACUGGGCAUUCCGCAUAGUGAGAGAUACUUCCACAAUGCAGGUAAUGAUUCCAACUUCACCAUGAGACUACUUCUUAUGCUUGCCAUCCAAAGCACGGGGGAAACACUCCAACCUACAGAGACUGAUUCAAAGUUAUUGGUCUUGCAAGCAAUUGCUAAUACUCCUCUCAUCAGGGUUCCUAAAUACGACGACAUGCUCUUUGAGCAGACAAUUACGGAUGAGAUGUUUGAAAGACGAGCCUCUUACAUCGACCGUCUGUCGAGCAAGAUCCGACGACGCGGAGCUCGGCGCCUUCGGAAGUUAAGAGGAGAGGACGAAAUAUAUGAAAAACAGGUCCAUCACAUCGGUCAUCCCGUCGUCCGUCAUUCCAAAUUAUUCAAAAAGCCCCGAAGAUGCAAAAAUCGAUGCGCCCGAAUCUCGGAAGGAUGGGAUGAAAUUCUUGCAAGACAGGCUCUUCAAGUCGAGAAUGACUCGAGCAUGGCCCGACAACGAGAAGUUCGACGCCUCCGACUCCUUCGAAGGCCGGUACGGAAACUUCAACGGGCAAAUCUCAUCGCGAGGUUCAUUCUAGGUGAACUCGACCCCUUCGAAGCUCCGCCAGAGACCCAGGCUGGAACGGACAAUGUACUACCAAAAUCUCCUUCAUCUUCCACCAAAUCUAACACACCAUCUACGCCAAUAUCACUAAAGUCGCUAGUGAAGUCACUUCCUGGACUCAACUUACGCGAUAUCUCGUCGACCACUCCUGACAUCCAGAAGAUUUUCUCCGUGGCAGAAACACUUGAAGUCAGCCCCAGCGACAGAAAGAGUGACGAAGCAUACCACGCUUAA